AUGUCGGCCGUGAAAGAGGAUCGGCAUCCAUCGACAUAUCAGAAUUGGUUGCAGAAAAGGAGUAGAUUAACGAGAGUGUUCAGGAGGCGAUAUAUAGUAUUGGAGGAAAGUGUGGUAUACAGCUUUAGAAAGGAACCACCUGAAGGAGGACAAGCGCAUCGGCGACGACGUUGGUCGGAAAUUUCGGUGAUGCCAGGGGAAGAGCUGGGGUCCCCGGCUAGUGAUCGAUCGGAGGAUGUGUGUACUGAGGUCCAGCCGACGUUGGAGGCUCCGGUUGAGAUACCAUUGUAUCAGCGAAGACCGCAGGAUAAAUUGGUGCUGCAUGUGUUUCACCCACAAACGGGGUUGCUGAUAGGGGAAACUUCAAUUAUGAAAUAUGAUAUGCGCAGAAAUUUGCCAUGGACGAUUGAGUCCGAAGAUCAGUUGGCAGGUGCAAGGUGGUGCGCAGUAGUGGCUUCUGAGAAUAAGCAGACUUCUACAGUUGAUGAUAAACUACCGUAUGUGACGGCAUUGAAGGUGGUCCCGAAGCUCACUGGUGGAUUGAUGGAAUACUUCGCUCCGCUGUCGGAAUCUCAACAAACUACGAGGAGAUUGGAGUUCGACUAUUUUAAAAUGCAGAUUUCACGGUUUGUGAAAUUGAUCGAUUUGUUCCAGAUGAUCCUCGGUUUGGCUGCUCUACUGCACGCUUUUGCUGGCAGUCUACCCUGA